UCAAGCUUCUUUGUUCAGUUGUUCGUGUGGAUUGGGCGGCUUGUUCUCCGCUAGCGGCCCUGUGUGUGAGGCAGCUUCAUGGGGCCUCAGUUGCGAUAUGUAUAUGGUGUCACACCAGCUGGCCUUCCAGAGUAUGUGGUUAGAGUGGGUGGAGCGAAAGUGAAGCGAUGGAGAUGAGGUCAGGGCUGCAGGAGAGCUGGAAAUGGUGGCUGGAGCUCUCUAGUCAAACUGCCCGUGGUGGGCACCCAUAUGUCAAUACCCGCGCAGAGGAGGGGAUGCGACGCCUGAGGCGAGUUUGCUUUGGUCCCUGUGUGCGCGAGAGAGACGGAUGGGUGGGCGGCCAGGCGAUGUCUCUGCGCAGGGCCAUCGCUCGAGCCAGCGAAGUGGCUGUGCCGCUCAGGAAAACAUCAAAGAAGGAUCAGACCCGUCUCGGUGUGUACCCGGUUCCGCCAGAGGCCAACAUCUGGUGGAUGAACCGCUACCAGGUGCCAGGCGGGGAGAUCAAGCAAAGCUUCUCCCCCUACCAGCAGAAGAUCAUGUGGCAGUGGCUGUGGAACGCUCCCAGCCGGUGGUAUUGGCGUCUCUCGAAGUGGGCGUGGCCCGUCGGAGUGCCGUCCCUGACCAUGUACAUCUUUAUCUACAAGUCCUGCGAGGCCGACGUGGAGGCGGACAUCCGGGCCAAGGCCUGGUGGUGAGGCCACCUUGCCUUGGGCCACGUGGCGCCGUGCGGAUGCUCGGGAGCGGCGGAGGGGCGUGGAGGUGGAGGAGGACUGUCUUCGACUCAGCUGCCUUGACACGCCCGCGUUGACAUGUAGCACGUGCCCGCAGCGAAGCGCAGCGCGGCUAGGCGUGUUGCUCCACGUUUCGGCGGACGUAUCGCGUCAUACCUACGUUUUCAGUAUGCGUGUUGAGCUCCGUGGCAACAUGCUACGGGUUUCGGUUUGCGUAUCGGGGCAGCGAAGGUCCACGAAGGAAGGGUCAAGUCCUUUCUGCCGAGUGAGCGUCGAGCCCAUUUGGGCCCGACGGUUAUGGAGAUGACGG